GGAUCACGUACACGACCACUAUUUGCUAUUGGAUAUUGGAAUGUUUAUGAACGAACUAAAAAUCAACAGAUGCGAACUAACAAUUCAGCAGAGGCCUGGAACAGACGCAUCAAAUGUGUUUUUCAAUGCUCACACCCGACGCUAUGGAAAUUUAUUGAAAAAAUUAUAUUAGAAGAAGAUUCGAAUAUGCAUAGCAAGGGCGUUCGAGGCAAUGCUGGCGAACCAGUUAAUAAAAAAAAGAAGUAUCAAUAUCUUGAUCAACGGUUAUUUAAUCUUGUUUCUAAUCCUCAUCAAAACAAUAUUGAUCAAAUUAAUGCUAUAGCACAUAAUAUUGUUCUAUAA